AUGAUAUGCUUUUCUGCAUAUCUUCCACGAAUUAGAAAACAAAGCAGUUCGCCAAAGAGUGAAGAGGCUGACAUAAGUUUUGUUAACUUGGAGGAGUUUCGGAAUACAAUUUCUUGUGAGAUUUCAAUGCAUUCAUACAUUCACACACCGUGA